AUGGACCGGUUAGGAGAUCAGGUUGGCUCUGAUACACGCUUAUUCCAAGCAUUGAAUGGAUUUAUUUUAUUGAUUGGUAACGAUUCUCAACAACAGCCUCAACGAGAGCAGGCGAUAAAUGAGCACCCGAGCUCGAAGGUAGAUUCAAAGACAGUAGCAAACUAUUUGAGGUUAAAACUUUUAUCAUAUUUGAGACAGCUACAACUACAAAAUACUGUGACUCCUCAUAGAGAUGCACUGAUUCAAUGGUGGGUCACUCUACUAAAUUUUUUAAACAGUGACUUGGUGGAUAGAAAUAGCCCUGUAGAAGAAAUGGUUUUCCCAGAUCCUUUAUUGAGUGUGGAUAGUAUUUCAGUUACUUUAGAAUGUGUCAGUAGGCUGAUGUCCUCAUUAAUGGUUUUACCGAUACACAGCUGUAAAGAUGCAGAAAUUUAUUCCCACCAUGUUUUAUUAACGAUUCAUUAUGUGACUAAUAGAUUAAUUCUAAACUCCAAACAUCAACGAGAAAUUACUAAACAACAACAGCAGCAACAUCAUAUAACACUUCCGCAACAUCAACAGCAUUUUAAUAGAUCCAUUUUGCAUUUUCUUAGCAGUUAUACAUCUUUGUUACGUUCGUUUUUGGGGAAAUUAAAUGCAUAUGCGUUUUUCUAUUUACCUGAUGAUUUCCAUUACGAUGUACAACUUCUACUGGCAUUAAAACCAAAUUUAAGUUACAAACCUGCAAAUUCUUUAUUCCUUUGGAAAAGAAGAUCUUUUGGGAGCAUUGAAAAUCAAGAGGAUCGCAUUAAGCCUGAAACUUUGGAAAAUCGAGAUACUAAUUUCUUCAAAAUUGUCAUCAGUUAUAUGAAAAAUGAUUUUAUCUUCAUGGCGUUUUACUGGCAUUAUUGGUAUAUCGCACUAAGAUUUCUCGCAAAUUUAAACGGCGGUUCUGAAUUAAAAUCCAAUCUUUCCAUGAUUCCGGGCGCCAAUGUACUUAUCACGCAUGUUACCAGUGGGUUUCUAAGAAUUGAUCUCGCAAGGUUUACCAAAUUUUUACAAUCAAACAAUAAUAUCAAUGGUAUGGGAUUCAGUAGAUCAGAUUCUACUGAUUCUUUAUCGACGAAUGGUUUGGCAGCUUCAGCCGCGGCAAAUGUUAAUGCCAAUGCUAACGCCAGCGCGGGCGUUGGUGAAAAUGGUACGGUUACUGCAGAAAUCCUAAACGAUUUCUUGUUCAGUAAUUUUAGGAUUUUACGUGUUUGGGAAUGUCUAAGAAACCUCUCAGGAUGUCUAGAAAAGGAUUCUAAUUUACCUGUUUUGUUGUUAUUGCAUGAUUCUUCUCAACUCCGUUACAUUUCUAGCAUUCCAGCACAUGAUUCUGGUGUUGCCAACGUCAUCUACAACAAAGUUUUCCAGUUCAUUAUUUUCCAAUUUAGAUCCCUAUCAUCAGUACAAUUUUUACAUUGGGACAUCUGGUUUGCAGGUAUAUGUGCCAUGUUGCAAACACUAAACAAUAAUGCACAAACGGUAGCAUUACUUUUUCUUUUCAAUGUUUGGCCUCAUAUACCGGCCAAUUUACAAUCCAUGUUAUCUCAAAAGUUGAUCAAUGACUAUUGGAAUUUUUUAACAUUUGAAAAUGAUUUUCAACUGGUAAGGGUAUUGUUCUUAAAGCUACUGGUUUUCCGUGUUAUUCCGGGGAGUGCUUUAACGGUUAAAGAACAGUUAAAGAUGAAGUUCCAGGAUUUUUAUGCGGAAAUGUUAAUUCUUAAAUGCAGAACUAGAGAGGAACCACUAAGAGAUAAGGAAGAUGAUCUUUAUUUCUACGGAUCGAAAAGACUUUUCUUGGCACCGAAUAGAUUGUUGAAAGAGCAGGACCUCAUCUACAGGGCCGAAAAGCAUUCACAUCCAAAAUCUAGUGGGAGAUAUCAAAAUUUCCCUACAGUCAGCAGUGUAGCUAAUGUAAGACCAUCAUUAAUUUUAAGAAAUGGCCGGUAUCCAUAUGACGUGUUUGAUGAAAUGGUAACAAAGGCAUCUCUACUGAUGACUGAAAGAAAGAGAAAAGAACAGAAUUCACUGUCAACAAUAAGUUCUGCUUCAACCCAUUCCCAUUCAGACAAUAACCUAGGACAAUCUAAACACUCUUCAAAAAAGACAGGUUCUUUCUCCAAUACAAUUAGUUCUUGGUUUUCGAAAUUAUCGAAAAAUUCUGAACAUUCGCAAUCCAAUAAUGCUGAUAUUUCAAUGCAAAAGCAUGCUCCAUUCUCUAACAGCGGUUACAUAAAGGGUGAGAGGAGUAAAUAUCUAGUCAGUGAUGAGAGUGUUCCCUACUCAGAAUCCUCAGAAAUGCUAUCCAUGUAUUCUAAUGUGUCGUCUAUUGGUACUAGGCGCACAAGUUCAUCUGAAGUCCCUCAAGCUAGUGUAAUGGGAGCAUCUUUCACACAAGGAUCUAGUGCAUCUAGUGGUAAGGAGAUUGAUGCUGGUGGGUAUUCUCGUGAUAAUCAAAAGAAGAAAAAAUUACUGGCCCCAGCUGAGUUGAAAUAUUCAAGUUCAGUUAUCGAUACUGGUGAAAUUUACACAAUAUUCAAAGUCAAGGUAACACAAGCGGAACCUAUAGGUAAAAAAGUUGAAUAUGCUAAUUCCAAUUGGGGGGUUGUUACUGCUAAAACCUAUGACAAACCAUUGCCCGUCCCCACUUCACCUUCAUCAGAGUCUAGCGCCGUUAGUUCUGUUAUUGAUGAAUUGAAUAACGAUUCGUUUGGGGUGGAUUAUUUAAAUGAGUCCUCUUUUGAACUCCUACCACCGCCCCAGGAAGGGAAUUCUAAAUCUAAUGAAUCCACUUUGAUGUCUGCUUAUAGUAAUGAUCCAACUGUGCCCAAACCAAAUUGUAGGUUUUUCGGUAUGCAAAAUUCUGAAGAUAGUGAUGUAUCGACUGGCGAUUCUGAAAUUUUAAACCGUUUUCAAAAUUUGACACUGGGUGAGAAUGAAGAUGUGGAAGAGGACGAGAAAGCCAUUUUGAAAGGACUUGAUAGAUUUGAUGAAGAGAUUAUUGCAUCGCGCCGUAGGGCGUUGCAUUAUAACAGACAUAACUGCUUGAAAACGAGGCUCAAUAAACUGUCCAAACUUGUACGAAUGUUUAACAAAACGGUGGAAGAAUAUUACGAGUACCUCAAUUUUCUGGACCAUGACAUGAUCUUUAUGGAUUUUGAAAUCCGCCCCCCAUCCCAUGCCAAUAUGAUGAACGUAUCCGCAGAUUGA